AUGGCCUCGCCCAAGCCCUUCACUGUCGCCAUCGUCGGCGGCGGCCUGGGCGGCGUCGUCCUGGCCAUUGGUCUCCUUGCCCAGCGCGUUCCCGUCCACAUCUACGAGGCUGCAAAGGGAUUUGGCGAGAUCGGUGCCGGCGUCGCCUUCGGUCCAAACUCUGUCCUCUCCCUCGGUCUGGUUUCGCCCGCCCUGCUCCAAGCCUACGCCAAACAUGCCACCUGCAACGCCGCCGCCAGCCUGCAGAGCACUUUCGUCUCUGUCCGCUACGGCAUGCAGUCACCAACGGCCCGGGAAGCGGUCGAUGGAGGCGAGCCAGGCGAGCCAGGCGAAUGGUGCUUUGAUGUGAAGACUCAUGGCCGUGGCCCCACUCCAACCGGGUUUCCCGCGAGAUGCUGCGUGCACCGUGCCAAGUUCUUGGAAGAAAUCAUUCAGCUGGUCCCUGAGGGCACUGCCUCUUUCGGCAAAUCCCUGGCGAACAUCGACGAACUCACCGCUGAGGGCGGUGGCGUGCAUCUGCACUUCUCCGACGGCACGUCGGCCACCGCGAGCGCCGUCGUUGGGUGUGAUGGCAUCAAGAGCAAGGCAAGGUCCUUUGUCCACGGCCCAGACGCCCAGCCCGUAUUCACCGGCGACUACGCAUACCGAGCCAUGGUGCCGUCCGACGCGUUUGAAAAGGCCAUGGGCCCCGAGCUGACUUUCAACGGCCAACUGUACGUGGGACACGGUGGAUAUAUCAUCACGUACCCCGUCGAGCACGGUCGACUCAUCAACGUGGUCGCCUCUCGAUGCAAGCCCGGCAGCACAUGGGGCCAUGGAUCAUGGCUCCUGCCGUCCACCGAAGAAGAGAUACGUUCCGAGCUCCGCGGGUGGCAUCCGCGGCUGGUUGGGCUGUUGUCUGCCUACAGUGCCAAAGAGAAGUGGGCGCUGUUUGACUACCCUCAUCAGAAGCAAUACUGCCGCGGCCCGGUUUGCCUCUUGGGCGAUGCCGCCCAUGCAGCUGCGCCGCAUCUCGGAGCUGGGGCGGGGCAGGCCAUGGAGGAUGCUUAUGUCCUCAGCCGUCUUCUGGGAAAAGCGGAGAAGGCGGAUGAUUUGCCGAGUGUGUUUCAGGCAUACGACGCCGUCCGCAGGCCGAGGACGCAGCAAAUCGUGCAGUGGAGCAGACUGAGCGGACGUGCGCUUGCCUUUCUCGAAGAGGGCGUUGGGGACGACUGUGCAAGAAUCGAAGACGUGUCGAAUCAAAGAUUCCGGGCGGUGUGGGACGAGGAUGUGGAGAGGGAGUUGCAGCAGGCGAUUGCUCUAUGUACGUAG